UUUCUCAUUCCGCCUUCCCAAAAACAAAAUUCACACACACACAAAAAAAAACUUUUGUUUCAUUCUCCUUCUGCAAUGGAAUUUUGGGGCGUUGAAGUGAAACCAAAUGAAAGCCUUAAGGUCCCUGUUGAAUUUAUGAAGCUUCUUCACAUCUCUCAGGUUGCAUUGGGAGAGGUUAAGGACGGGAAAGACGUGAAAGUCCCGGUGAAAGUUCACAUUAAGGAUAAGACCCAUAUGAUUGGGACUUUAUCAUCUACGCUUGCACCCCAAAUUCUUUUUGAUUUGGUUUUUGAGCAAAAUUUUGAGCUUUCUCAUGGCUGGAAGGAUGGUAGUGUCUACUUUUGUGGAUACAUUGCUGAUGCCCCUCUAGAGGAUGAUGACUAUUCUGUCUCGGAUUCUGAUGAGGAAGAAGCUGCAUUAAACUUCAAUGAGAAUGGUGCUCUUAAUGGAAAGACAAAGGAUUCUUUGAAGAAAGUGAAGAUUGCAGAUAUUGAGUCUGAAGAUGAUUCUGACUUGGAGUCUGACUCUGGGGAUGAUUCUGAGGCCGAUGAUGAUUCUGAGAAUGACGAUGAAUCUGAAGAAGAAAAGGAGGAGGUUCCUAAGAAGGUUGCGAAAAGACAGGCUGAAGCUGCACCCAAGACUCCAGUUUCUGCCAAGAAAGCAAAGCCCAGCGCACCUCAAAUUUCCAAGCCCAGCACUCCUCAAAAUGCCAAGUCCAACACCCCUCAGAAAACAGGAGGAAAGAAAGGCAGUCACACAGCAACCCCUCACCCUAAUUCAAAACCCAACUUCAAGAAGAACAAGAAAAGUGGCAACCGAUCAUAGACACUAAUUAUCAUGGAGCAGGGAUAUACGUAGUGAUGGGUUUAUUCAAAUUUUUGUCCUGAAAGCAUCUGCUAUGUUGCAUCAAUAUUUUUUGUUUUAUUUUUAGACAGUUAUGGUGGCCUUUUGGUCUGAUGAUAUUUCCAUGCGUUGUUUUAUAUGGAAUGUUUAUGUAAUAUUGUAGACAGCUUUCUGAAUGUUUGAAGUUGGUUAAUUAACUA